AUGGACCUCGACCCCUCCCCCGCCUCCGCCCACGGCGACGGCGGCGGCUGCGCCGACGCCUGGCCCUUCGACUCGCUCACCACGUCCAUGCUCUUCUCCUCCUCCUGGCUCACCCCGCCCUCGCCGCUCUGGCUCUUCGAGGACCGCCACAUGCUCCCGCUCGACGCCCCCGCCGCCGCGCCGGAGGCAGCCGUCGUGGCCGCCGUCGUCGAGGAGGUCCAGCGGCCACGCUCCGCUUCGAUGACUGUGGGUGUUAUAUCAUCCUUCCUCGCCUUACCAUUAUGCUUCUAUUAUCCAAGGAAUUCUGACACUUCAAGCAAGAGAGUUGAACAAAUCAAUCACAAAUGGCAGCUUCAUCUAUCUCUGGACGAAGAUGGCACAGAUAACUCUAGCUUGGUCAAAGAGAAGCUUACACAACCUCUUUGGUACUUCAAGGAGUCCACAGAUCAACACCUGUUGGUCCAAGUCUGGGCACCAGUCAAGAACGGAGACCGCUAUGUGCUUACUACUUCAGGACAACCUUUUGUGCUUGACCACCAGAGCAUUGGCCUACUUCAAUACAGAGCUGUAUCCAUGAUGUACGUGUUUUCAGUUGAUGGGGAAAAUGUUGGAGAGCUGGGCCUACCUGGGCGUGUUUAUAAGCAAAAGGUGCCUGAGUGGACACCAAAUGUGCAGUACUAUAGCAGUGUUGCCCUGCCUGUUUUUGAUCCUGCCUCUCAGUUGUGUAUUGCUGUUGUCGAACUUAUAAUGACAUCAAAGAAGAUAAACUAUGCCUGUGAGGUCGAUAAAGUCUGCAAAGCCCUUGAGGCCGUAAAUCUUAAAAGCACUGAAAUAUUGGACCAUCCAAAUGUCCAGAUAUGUAAUGAAGGCCGUCAAGCUGCUCUGGUCGAAAUACUGGAGAUCCUGACUGUAGUGUGUGAAGAGCACAAGCUUCCUUUGUCACAGACCUGGGUUCCUUGCAAGUAUAGAAGUGUAUUGGCACAUGGUGGUGGUUUAAAGAAGAGUUGCUUAAGUUUCGAUGGAAGUUGCAUGGGGGAAGUCUGCAUGUCAACUAGUGAUGUGGCGUUUCAUGUGAUUGAUGCUCAUAUGUGGGGAUUUAAAGAUGCAUGUGUGGAGCAUCACCUACAGAGGGGACAAGGAGUUUCUGGAAAGGCAUUUAUCUCACACAAACCUUGCUUUUCAAAAGAUAUCCAGAAGUUCUGUAAGUUGGCAUAUCCCCUUGUACACUAUGCUCGCAUGUUUGGGUUGGCUGGCUGCUUUGCAAUAUGCUUGCAAAGUUCUUAUACCGGGAAUGACGACUACAUAUUAGAGUUUUUCUUGCCGCCCGAUUGUAUUGACGAAGAUGACCAAAAUGCCUUACUGGAGUCUAUAUUAACUCUGAUGAAGCGGUGUCUUCGUAGCCUAAAGGUAGUUGGUGACAGAGAUUCAAGUGGGGCUUCUCUUCAACUUAGUAAUGUGCUAAAACUUGAGAAUGAAGAAUUCAAAACAGAUGCACAGUUUGAUAACUCUGAUGGUUCCCUUCGUGAAUCACCUGAUGGUGAUAGACAUGGAGGAGCCCACAAGUUUGAUAACGGGAACAAGAAAGUUUUGGAUGUGACAGAGGGGCAAUUGUUGACUGAUGACUACUCUCAAGACAAUGGUACUUCUGCUGGCAGGCCAAAUGGUAGCGGUGCUUCUGAUUCUUCAUUGCUUCACAAAACCAACAAACCCCCUGAAAGGAGACGUGGGAAAGCUGAAAAGACUAGUUUAGAGGUUCUUCAGCAAUAUUUUUCUCGGAGCUUGAAAAACGCAGCUAAAAGCCUUGGUGUUUGUCCUACAACCAUGAAGCGCAUCUGCCGGCAGCAUGGAAUUUCUCGUUGGCCAUCUCAAAAAAUUAAUAAGGUCAACCGGUCUCUCUCGAAAUUAAAGCAGAGAUUCUUUGUUGGUGUAGUCAUGGCCCAGCAAGGAUUUAUAGACAAUAACAAUGACACGCAGCUUGAAGCUGACAAAGCUUCUCACUCGAGAAGUUCAUCUGGAGAAGGCAGCAUAAAUUCACGCACUUCAGAAGGCUCAUGCCAGGGAAGUCCAGCAAACCAAACAUUUGUUUGUAAGCCAAUUGCUUCAACAUUCGCAGAACCUCAACUUAAUCAAGAGUUCAACAAAGAGCCUUUUCAAGAACCACAACUACCACUUUCCAGGAUGCUGAUUGAAGAUUCUGGUAGCUCCAAAGAUUUGAAGAAUCUCUUCACUUCAACAUCGGACCAACCAUUUUUGGCCCCUCCCAACAACUUGGUGUCAAUGAAGCAUUCAGGGACUGUUACGAUAAAGGCAAGUUUUAAGGAAGAUAUUGUAAGGUUCCGUUUCCCAUGCUCAGGUGGUGUUAUUGUAUUGAAAGAGGAGGUAGCGAAAAGGCUAAGGAUGGAUGUUGGUACGUUCGAUAUCAAGUAUCUCGAUGAUGACCAUGAGUGGGUAAAGUUGGCGUGCAACGCAGACUUGGAAGAAUGCAUGGAGAUCUCGCGGCUUUCUGGUAGCCAUGUCAUCAGGCUACUGGUUAGUGAUAUUGCAGCACACUUUGGCAGUUCUUGUGGAAACUCUGGUUGA